AUCAAAUGUUUUCUGAUAUCUAAGAAAGGUAUUUUCGAGAAGUGAAAAAACGAAGUCGAAACUCUCAAAAGGAUUUCAGUUUUGUUAAUUGUGGAAAUCAAAAAUCGAAAUAAAAAACCAACAAAAAUUUUAAAUCGUUUAAUAUGUCCUUAUGUUAAAGGACAAUAGCUAAUGUGAAUAUUAAAUAAACUUUAAUGAAAUAUAGAAACAAUCGUGGUACAAUAUUACAAAUUCAAUUCAGAACAUUUUUAUUGAUCACAAAACAUUUUAAAAACUAAUAAGUGUUAUCCUGAGGUUAAAUAUAUAAAAAUUAAUAAUUAAUAAUUAUCACAAUUUUAACGGAGAUGUAAAUAACUCGCCCCCACCACAGCUCAGAAUUGUAAAACACAAACAAACCUAAUAGAUAAACAAAAGCAAUCAAACAAUAUUGCCACAUUUCGUAAUUAUUGAAAAGGCCUUGACAGUGACAUUACAAGUCAACUAAACAUACAAAUCAUACAAACAACAAGCAGAACAAUAAUUAAUAAACAACUAACACUGAAGUUUGUUUACAAUGGCAAAAACAAUGCUAAGAAUGCUGGCACUAUUUGCAUUGGCACAUUGCAUUUGCGGUGCAACCAUACCAAAGACCUACGAAACCACCACCGACCCACCUGUAACUGAAGUUCGUACCGGCAUCAACACACCACAAGAUUAUUUAGUAGUACGCGGUGAAGGAGCUUCGGGUGAGAAUGUUGGCUUCAAAGAAGCUGCAAAUUUCUUGCUUGAAUCGUAUAAAUUGGAAACACUUCCAGAGAUGGAACCAUUAGAAGAAUGUAGCGCACCAAAGCAUAAGGUCGCCUUUACUGCCUAUGAUUACGCAAUUUUACUAGGCAUGCUGGUUAUAUCUUUGGGUAUUGGUAUCUUUUAUGGUUUCUUUCAAAAGUCUGGUAGUUCUUCAGAAGAAUUUCUGCUCGGCUCCGAAAUGUCUAUAUUCCCAGUUACACUGAGUUUGACAACUAGUUUUAUAACAGCUAUUGAACUAUUGGGUAAUCCAUCCGAAAUGUAUUAUCAAGGCACACAAUUUGUGUUAAUAAUUAUACCAAUGGUUUUGGUCGUACCAGUUGCUGUGAAAAUAUUCUAUCCGAUAUAUUUCAAAAUGGAGUUGACUAGUUGCUAUGAGUACUUGGGUAUUCGUUUCGGUAAAGAGAUACGCAUAUUUGGUGCCAUUCUGUAUGUCAUACAGAUGUGCUUCUAUACUGCUGUAGCUGUUUUGGCUCCAGCUAUUGCACUUUCGAAGGCCACUGGUUUGGAUACAAAAAUUGCUGUAAUUCUUAUCUAUGUGGUGUGCGUGUUUUACUCCUCUCAGGGAGGAAUGAAGGCUGUGGUUAUAGCAGAUACAUUUCAGGCUGCUGUAUUAGCUGUGUCCUUAGUUUUAGUUGUCGCUUUAGGUUAUUUUUAUAGUGGGACCACAGUAGAGAUUUUCAAUACUGCUGCAGAUAAGCAACGUCUUGAAUUUUUUAAUUUUAAUAUGGAUCCCACCACUCGUCACACAGUUUGGUCUGUCGUAAUUGGUGGUUUCUUCUAUUGGACAUCUUUGUUCUGUACUAAUCAGGCUUCUGUACAAAAGUGCAUGUCACUCAAAUCACUUAAAUUAGCUAAAGUAGCACUUGGAUUUGCGAUACUUGGUCUCGUUUUAGUCUUUUUAAUGAACUUCUAUACGGGUCUUAUGAUAUUUAAGCACUAUGAAAAUUGUGAUCCACUAACAGCUGGUCGUAUUGGCGCUUCUGAUCAGCUGUUGCCAUUCUAUAUAAUGCACACUUAUGAACAUAUCUACACAAUUGCAGGCAUAUUUGUAGCUGGUAUAUUUGCAGCAAGUUUAGGAACUGUUGCAUCAGCAUUAAACUCACUUUCUGCAGUUACCUGUGAGGAUUUACUUGUAAACGGUAUGAACAUUAAGAUUACACCCGACAAAGGCGCACUAUAUGCUAAGUGGAUGUCCUUAGGGUUUGGCAUACUUUCAUUUGGUUUGGUGUUCAUAGUGGAGAGGCUCGGCGGUGUUUUACAAGCCACACUAACACUAAAUGGAUUAAUCGGUGGUGUCACUUUGGGGCUUUUUGUAUUAGGCAUUGCUUUCAAGAAAGCUAACACCCGCGGCGCAUUUUAUGGUGGCCUGUUAUCAUUAGCCGUUGUCAUAUUUAUUGGUGUAGUUGCGCAAAUUGCCAAUGUUGAACCAGAGGCUCUACCAUUAUCACUUGAUAAAUGCGAUUGCCAUAUAAAUGCUACAGAAACAAUUGUAAAUGUUGUGAAUAUCAAUCAAGAAGCAGGAUUUACUUCUUGGCCAAUUUUUAGACUCAGUUAUAUGUGGUACUCUAUGAUUGGCACGCUGCUUACAGUCUUUCUUGGUCUACUCAUAUCAGUCAUAAUAAAUACUAUACAAAAAUAUAAGAUACUUAAAAUAAAUGCUGCAAAUAACAAUAACAAUGUAGUUGAUGCUGUCUGGAAGCCACAGUACCCAUCUGAUGUUGAUCUUAAAAUUCCUAAUGCACUUUAUAGCUCAUGCGACAAAUUGGGCCACACUAAUCAUGCCAUUCGAAUGGAUGAUGAAUAAAAUCUAUUUUCCUCGCGAAACUUAAUGUACAAAUUUUCUAGAAUUAAAUUUUAUUAACAAUUAGUUAACAUAUUGAAUAUUUUAAUCAUUUGUUAUGUUCUUUGUAAAUAUUCCAACUCAUUCACCACGUGAUAUUCUACUAAUUAUAAUAAUAUUAUAUAUAAGUUGAUAGUUUAAAUUUUUGAAGUUUUCAUAGUAAAUAGUAUUUUUAAGUAGUAAAGCAACAGUAUUUAUCUUUUCACAAUGAUAUGUAUGCAUGUAUGUAAAUAUUUAUAAAAAUAUAUGUUAAUUUUAUAUAAUCAUUAUAUAAUUAUAUAAAGUAAAAAACAUUUGACAAUUAAACGAGCAUGA